GUGAGAAGAGCCAAAGGUAACAAAUUCUUUCCACUUGUUGAUCUAAUUUUCAAUUCCAUUGAUUUUCUCUUCUUCUUCUUAUUAAAUUCUAAUUGUCACCAAUUAAUCAAUUGUCUCUCCAUCUAUUUGACAAUUUAACUUUUUAAUUGUUCCCUCGUAAUCAUCAUCUCUAUCUUUUAAUUGUGUUUACCGGUUUUCCUCUUGUUUUUCUUCAUGGGUUUGGUUUGUCCUCUUUUUCUGAUUGUUUCAUCAUUUUAAACUUAAAUCACUUUCUGUUGGGUUUAAUUACAAUCGGAUUAACGGUUUAAUCUCAUCUGGAUAAUCUUUCUACCUAAUGGUGUAUAUUUAAAUUCACCUUUGGCUCUUCCAGUUUCUCUUCUAGUGGAAACUAGAAGUUUCCUUGGAAAAAUAUUGCCUUUGUUUUUAUCUCCAUUUGAUAUUGUUAUCAAUUUUUAUAUUCUAUUGUUUUUUCUCGUUAAUUAAGUGCCAAUCACUAAUUAAUCACAACUAAUUACCAUCAGUAUAACCUUUCCACUUUCGUGAGUAAUUUGUAUUAACCAUUUAAUCAAAUCUAAAGGUGACAACUUUAAAUCGCAAUCAGUUUGUUCAUCUCUCAAUAUUAAUGGUCCAGUGUAAAACAAUUUUCAUAUGAACGGUAUCGCCCAAACAAAAAUAGGCUUCCAUUUAUAUAUUAAAGUUGAUACAAUUAACUGAUUAUCAUCAUCACAAUUAACGUUGUCAUCUACCAGAUUAUCUGUGUUAUUGAUUGGAAAUUGAUUAUAAUCAAAUGGAAUCUUUGAUUUUUGUCAAGUCAGGGGACGAAUGUGUAAGCGAAGCUUCUGUGAUUUAUUUGCCGGCUCAAUAAGAAAGACCAUCAAUAGUAAUUGAUUUAAUUGUGACAUUCACACAAAAAAAGAAAACCUUUUACCUUGAGAUUAACCAGAAUUCUGAUCUCAAUCCACUGAGUUUCCAUCACCAUCGUGACUUUGGAUCAAAACAUAACAAGAAAUAUAAUUGAGUUGAUCGGUGUUUUAUUCAUUCGAUAUUCUUAAAUAUCAUCACAGGAAUAGAAAGAGACCUUUGUAAUCAAAUCUAUUGUUUCUCCCUCUUUCUCUCUCUCUCUCUCUCUCUCAGGCUCAUGUCAAUCUAACAAAAGCCAAUCAACAAUCGUCAACGUAUCAUCCUAAUCACAUUAAUCAUUAAUCAACCCACUCUAACUUCAACCAUUUUGUUUUUCUUUAUCAAAACCCAAACACAAUUAGAUGACAAACAGAUUAACAAAUUCUGUAAAUUAGAUUUUACUUUCUUCUUUCUCCACUAACCACAAUUAAACAACAACAACAACAACAACAAUUAACCUAAUCCACUAAUAAUCAGAAACUGUUUCCCUUUAAUUAUCAUUUUAUAUUUUUCACUCUUAAUUUGUCUGUGAUAAUCAAUACACACUAAACACUAACACCUUUCAUCAUCAUCAACACUCAAGGAUCUGAUAUAUUUAAUUGAUCUAGUCUUUAUUGACGAUUAAUUGUGAACAAAAAGCAAAUCAACCAGUGUUAAUUAAAUCAUUUCAACUGUAAUCAAUCAUCAAGGAGAAAACAAAAUGAACCGGUGUUGAUAAAAAAAAAAGAGACACAGAGACAAAGAGACAUAAAAGUAAAGAGAGUGGAAAAAGUUUCAUUGAGGCCAAGCAAAAGUGAAGGAGGAAACAGCACCUUCUCCAUAUUGAAUUCACCGUUUCCACCGUCAUCAUCACCAUCGUCACCGAUCAUCAAUCAAUAUUAUCAUCAUCUUUAUCAUCAAUUCCAACACCAAGCUCAUCAUCAACCCUAAUCAUCUGUUAAUAAAAGUGAAUCAAGGAGCUUGUGAAAAGGGGAAAAGAUGAAACCAGCACGUCGAACGAGUUCUGAAGUCAGUAGACUUCAGAGGAACAUAAGUUACGCGGAAAGGCAGCCAUUGUUACGAACGUUAGUUAAUAAUAAUAAUAAUAGUGCCAAUAACAAUUCCACCGCCAAUAAUAAUCAAAAUACUACAAACGCUUUGAGUCGAUCCAUUGAGAAAGGAUUAUCCCUUGAGACGAAAAUAACAGCCGAUCUACUUGUUGUUCCAAAAAUAGGUCGUAAAGGUCAUUUAAGUGAAAGUUCAGAUUCUUGUGAUAAUGUGACUUUACCUUUAACUCAUUCACAAAAAUGGAUUUUACUUUGUUUAUGUUUAGUGGAUUUUACCGCUUUCGCGUCAAUGUCCAUCAUUGCACCAUUUUUCCCCCUUGAAGCUUCACUUCGUGGUCAAUCAACCUACAUCGCUGGACUUGUCUUCUCAACCUAUUCUCUAACCGUGGUCAUUGCUUCCGUCUUUUUUGGACCACUUUCUGCUCACAUUGGUCCUAAAUUUAUGCUCCUUGCAGGUAUCGCAAUCGCCGGUACGGCAAAUAUCAUCUUCGGCCUUUUAGAUUUCAUAAACAAUGAUACAACUUUCAUCGCUUUGUGUUUCAUCAUUCGUAUCAUUGAAGCUCUUGGUGCAGCCUCUUUUAACACUGCCAGUUUGGUUUAUGUAUUUGAAGUAUUCCCUGAUCAUGUUGGUUAUGCUUUCUCCAUGACAGAAACUUUCACCACCCUUGGAACCACCUUAGGACCCGCAAUCGGUGGGCUACUCUACUCAUGGGGUGGUUAUAGUUUACCUUUCUACGUGCUCGGCGUUUUCUCAUUCAUCACCAUUCCCUUGUGUGCAUCUAAAUUACCAAGAAUUAGCAAGGCUCGACGCAAUAUGACAUCAAGUGCGAGCUAUUGGCAACUACUGAAAAUCCCCAAGAUCGCAAUGAUUUGCUUAAUUGUUCUGGUUCUCGCUCAGAGUAUGAGCUUCUUGGAUCCAACGUUAGAACCUUUUUACCGAUCUCUUGGAUACGAUGUAAACAUCGCAUCUCUCGCCUUCUUCAUCAUGUCAGGAACAGUUUGCAUUUUUCUUCCUCUAUUCAGUAAACUGGUUGAACGAGUUGAGAAUGAAUUUCUUUGCAUGUUCAUCGGUCUAACAAUUAACGCCGUUGGUCUUAUCAUACUUGGUCCAUCUGAUUUCCUGAAUAUCAAUCCCACCCUGGGUUUAUCAUUAGCAUCCAUGGUAAUCAUUGCCCUUGGUUAUGCUCUCGCCUUCAUCCCAACAUUUGAAAAUAUCCUUUCCAUUGCCAUGGACCACGGGAUGGAGGAUAAUCUUGCUACUUAUGGAACUGUUUCCGGUCUUUGGUCAACCAUGUUCGCCUUAGGGGAAGCAACAGGUCCAAUUCUUGGUGGUUCCUUGACUGAUGUUGUUACUUUCUCCAUGGUCUCAUCAUUCAUGGCGUUAUUUUCAAUUGUUAUGGCAAUUGUUGCUGGUAUUGCAAUGACUGUUCGUUCCAAUAGGAAAUAUUAAUCAAGAUGAUCAGAGAUACUAAUUAAGUUGUAAAUAGUUAUAUUAACAAUUCUAACUCGAUAGUGAUUCGUUUCAAUUACUAUCUAUUUCUCACAUUUUUUUUACAAAUUGAAUUAAUUUAUCAUUACUAUGUUAUGAUCAAUCGUCUAAAUUGUUCCAAUUGUACAGUUUAAAUUGAUUAUCAAUUGUUCAUCAAUUCCUACUCUCUCUCUCUCUCUCUUUAUCGCUCACUCUUUUCUCAUUGUGCCUUACCUUUCAUUUGUUUUUAAAAGCAAAAAUUUUCACUUGCCUUUAAUUGCUUUCUGUUAAUCAACAAUUAUCAUCAUCAAGGGAAUCAAACAAGAGUUAAUUACAAUGAUUAUACAAUAACCAUGAUAAUAAAUUGAAAGUUUUAAUAUUUUUAAAAACUAA